AGCAAAGCCUGGACCUGGAGCAUUGGCCUUGCAAAAAGGCAACCCCUCUUUUUGGUUUCACUUCACCUUCACGGCUUCACCCUUCUCCCUCCUUCACAGGCGCAGGCGCGGCGCAGCUCUCCUUCCUCCUCUGCUUCCUUCCCUUUUAGGACCCUCCUCAUCCCCCUUGUGGCAAUCCUAAAAUUAAUGCUCCCAUCUGCCGCUGGGAGCUGGUGCAUCGAUCGAUCUGGUCCCUCCUCCCCUUGCCCAGGUAAAAAAUAGGAAGAAGAAGCAAGAACUGGAUGCACCCGUCCUGCUCCUAUUCCUCACAAAGAUUUUGUUUCCACUGUCGCCGCUUCGAUUGAGCCGUAGUUGCUGUUGUUGCCACCCCCGAUCUUUGCGCACUUGCCCUUGUACAUGCCCGGGGCAUUGAUUUCUCCCCUCCUUCCUUGGCAGCUAGCUAGCUGAUCGCGCGUGCGUAGAUGGGAGUUCAGACAAUGUCGUCCCACGGCGACGACGGCCGCCGCGGCCUCUCGCGGCAGGGCUCGGUGUACAGCCUCACGCUGACCGAGGUGGAGACCCAGCUGGGCGAGCCGCUGCGGAGCAUGAACCUGGGCGACCUCCUGCGCACCGUGCUGCCGGCCGGCCCAGCCACCCAGCCGGCGCCGGCGGCCAAGAAGACGGUGGACGAGGUGUGGCGCGACAUCCAGAGCGCCAGCGGCGCCCGGCAGCCGACCAUGGGCGAGAUGACGCUGGAGGACUUCCUCUCCCGCGCCGGCGUCACCGUCGACGCCGGACCGCAUUGGCUGCACCAGUACCCGCCGCCGCAGCAGUACGUGGUGCCGCUCGGGCCCGGCGCCGGUCCGGCGGUGGACGCCGUGUACCGCGACGGCGUCGGGGUCGGAGUCGGUGUCUUCCUAUCGCAGGUGGCCGGCCGGAAGCGCGGCGCGGCGGCGGCGGUGGGCGGGGACGGCGUGGUGGAGAGGACGGUGGAGCGGCGGCAGAAGCGCAUGAUCAAGAACCGCGAAUCCGCGGCGAGGUCCCGGGCCAGGAAGCAGGCAUACACCAACGAGCUGGAGAACAAGGUCGCCCAGCUGGAGGAGGAGAACCAGCGUCUCAGGAAGCUCAAGAUGCUGCCACCGCUGGAGCCGCCACCGGAGCAUGAGCAACGGCCGGUGCACCAGCCGGAGCAUGAGCGGCGGCCGGUGGCCCAGCCGGAGGAGGCGAAGCAGCCGCUCCGGCGAAGGAAUUCAGCGACCUUCUAAAAAUGAGAUGAUGGGUUGGUUGGGUCUGUGCUUGGAUAGUUGGAGGGCUGGUGUCUGCAUGUGUACGAACCAACUCUGCUCUGUGCCUCUGUCUGCAGUAGCAGUGCAGAUUGUGCUGCAUGCAAUGCAAUGCAAUGCAAUGAAAGCAAUGCUUCCUUCCAUGCUU